AUGGUAGCAAAGGAUCAGUUUAACCAGUCAGUUAUAACUGACUUUCUUCUUUUAGGGUUUUCUAUUGAGGGGCAGAGAAGAUUUUGUCUUUUUGUUGUUUUAUUAAUUAUCUACAUUGCCACCAUUACAGCAAACAUUUUCAUCAUUGUCAUUAUCAAAGCAGACCCACGUCUACAUAAACCAAUGUACUUCUUCAUCGGUGGACUGUCGUUCCUUGAGCUCUGGUAUCCCUCUGUCACAGUCCCUAGACUCUUGUGGUCUCUUAAAACAGAAGACCAACAUAUUUCUUCAGCUGGUUGCCUGGCUCAGUUUUAUUUCCAUUUUUCUCUUGGAGCAACAGAAAUGUAUCUCCUGACUGCAAUGGGGUAUGAUCGCUAUGUCGCUAUUUGCAAUCCAUUGCGUUAUUUGAUUAUCAUGAGUCCCAAUGUUUGCACUGUGCUCAUACUGGGGUCAUGGGUAUGUGGAUUCGCUGGAGUGAUCGUUCCAUGCUUGAGACUAUCCACGCUUUGGUACUGUAAGGGGAAUAAGAUAGAUCAUUACUAUUGUGAUUUGAUCCCAAUGAUGCGCUUGUCUUGCUCUGAUACAACGAAAGCUGAGAAUGCGUCUUUCUAUUCGAUAUGUUUUGUAACUUUUGGAUGUCUUUUCUUAACCUUGAUAUCUUAUGCAUGUAUUACCCGAAUGGUAAUCAAAUUGUCUUCUGCGUCAGCAAGACGUAAAGCGUUUUCCACUUUUGCCUCCCAUUUAUUUGUUGUUAUCCUUUUCUACGGUACUAUAUUGUUCAUGUUCAUCAGACCAGCUAGUGGUGAUUCCCUUCACUUUAAUAAGAAAGUCUCUGUUGUCCCAUCCAUAGUGACUCCUCUUCUGAAUCCUAUUAUCUACACCUUACGGAACCAAGAAGUGAUAGAGGCUGUGCUGAAAACAGCCCACACAACAAUGGCUUGGUCAAAGGGUUGUAAGUAA